CCGAAAUCCGUCCUGAAGGAUCUGCCAUGGUUCAAUGUCCAGAGUGUGACGCAGGGGCUGACUUGACGAAGGACGGUGCUUGGGCGCAUUGCGCUUCCUGUAACACGGUUUUUGAGCCAGGAAAAGAAGGUAGUCAUUACAAGGGCAGUGGCAGCGGCUCCGGCGACAAAGAGGAAGAGAAGAAGAGCGACUCCAAGGAUGAGAAUGUGAAGAAGGAUUGAGUCUACCAGGGAUGAAUUUGACGUCGAGUGCUGAGAGACGCUGCGAGAUGUGCCUUGAAACUUUUGUACAACAAUAUCUCACUAUGUGUCUAAUCACUUUUCAUGUUCAACUUCAUUAGUUGUAGAUCCCACUUAUUGUACGCAGUGCCGCCCGCGUCAACGGAAGCGAUGCCGGGGUGAUACUCGAACAUCACAUCGAAUUCACUUCAACUCGGAUAUGAUAUGGCUGGAAUUAAGAAUUGUGAAUACCUCAUUACCC